CUCCGCCGCUGACGUACUUCCGCUGCCGUUUCUCGCUGGAUAAGGCAUGUCUUUCCCAGAGUCACCGCUGCUGAUAUUAAAUACUUUUUCUAACUUUUAAUCGAUCAUCAGAGACAAGAGGCUGCUUGCACGUCCAUGGACGCAGUCUCUGCAGGUUUUGGGUCCUAGGUCAGAUCUGAACCGUCCUGUUGACGAUGUUGGACGUGGACUCUGUCUCGUCCUUCCUGUCCUCCGUCCUCCCUCCCGGUGUUGCUGUGGGACCGUCCCGUCUCCAUGGUGACAGGGUGGGUCUGUGGUGGGUGGGUCCAACCUCUGGAGACUGGAUGGCCGGCUAGGGGCGGGGCCAGAGGGGGGUGGGGCAGGGGAAGAAGGGGCAGUCUGACUGAUGGAACCACAAUGGAGGAGGAGUCGGUGCCAACCACUGUCGAUGGAUCAGCUUCGCCUGCCAGGCUCCGACCGUGGCGCUGCAGAACCUGGUAGUCCAGUGUGUGCGUGGACAGGUGUGUGUGGACAGAUGUGUGUGUUCGUGUUUGAGCGUGUGCAAACCUAUUGAGCCGGGAACGGAGCUGCUGCUGUACAGAGGCAUUGUGGGAAAAAGUCCGAGAGCGGUGGACAAAGCAGGACAUGUGACGGAUACAGAGGCUCAAAGAAACCACGACCAGAGGGAGAGAGGAGAGGAGGAGGAGCAGGAGGCGAGUCCAACCCCGACCAGGAGGAGAUGCACAAAUAAAGACAAACCCUUCGACCAAUCACAGAAACUCAAGGACGACGUCGACGCCUGUGGGACGGUGGCGCCCCCUGCUGUUCGCUGCAGCUCUCGUUUGGCGUCCAAACCGCGGCAGGUUCACCGUCUGUCCAACAGAGGGCACCGCCCCCCUCCUCAUCCAGAGGCUGAGGCCGAUGCCCCCGGACACACCGAUGGGCCCGACCUCAGCAUCAGUACUGCCCCCAAGGUUUCCAUGGAAAUGGUGGAGGUGAGAGAGCGGCGCUACAGAUGUUCGACCUGCGGGAAAAAGUUUUACCAGACGGGUCAUUUAAAGAAACACCAGUUCACGCACACGGAGGGAAAACCAUUCAGCUGCACUGAGUGUGGGAAAAAGUACACGUCAGUGGAGAGUUUCAGAGCACAUCAGCUGAGCCACCGUGGUGAGCGUCCGUUCCCGUGUUCUCACUGUGACAAACGUUAUGGUUUGAAACGUGACCUGAUGGAACACAUGGUCCUUCACACCGGAGAGAAACCCUACAUCUGUGAACGCUGUGGGAAGGCCUUCGCCCGCCGCCCGUCGCUACGGAUACACCGCCUCAACCACUGUGACAGGACCACACACUCACACACACCAAAGGUCCAGUGUUCAGUCUGCUCCAAACUUCUGGCCAACUCAGGUUCUCUAAGGAACCACAUGAAGCUUCACACGGGAGGAGAAACCUCACAUCUGUCACCACUGUGGGAAAGCCUUCAGUCAGAAAGGAAACCUCCAGGGUCACCUGAGGAUUCACAGCGGAGAGAAACCCUACCAGUGUCCCCAGUGUCCCCAGUCCUUCUCCCAGAAACCGGAACUGCGGCGCCACCUGCUGUCCCAUGGUGGGGGGGGCUUCCUCUGCAGCUACUGUGGAAAAGCCCUGAGGGACCCCCACACCCUGAGGGCCCACGAGGGCCUCCAUACUGGGGAGAGACCACACAGCUGUCACAUCUGUGGGAAAGGGUACAUUCUGGCAACCAAACUGAGGAGACACAUGCGUUCGUCUCAUGUAACAGAGAAACCGUAUGUGUGUCACUGCGGUGCCGCCUACACCCUCAGACAGAGCCUACUGAGACACCAGGCCCUGCACAGGAUGGAGGGGGCGGGGCCAGAGGGGGAUGGGCUGAAGGACGAGGCCACGGCAACGAGCCGCGCUCAGAUACCCUCAGGCCCCGCCCACCUGAAACCCAUCAGAGGUCGACCCAGGAAGACAUCCAUGAAGGAGGCGGGGCUGGAGCGGCGGGGGGGCGGCAGCUCAGAUCAGAUGCAGCAGGCAGUGGUGUACGUGCGCACACAAGCCCCGCCCCCUGUGCUACUGAGCUCGGAGGGGGCGGAGCAGCAGUUGGUGGAGGUGGUGCUGUCGGACGGGGUGGAGCAGCAGUGCAUCGUGGUUGAGGAGCAGCAGAGUGGGGCGGAGCUACUGAUCCUACAAGGAGGGGGCGGAGUCUGCUCUGUGGCCCAGACGGUGGAGAUAAACACGGGAUGACACUUGCAUCGGACUGGACCGGACCAGACCGAACCGGACUGGACUGCCGCUGACUGAGGUCAUGGAGUGACUGUUACUGAAGAUUCACUGAUCAAUGAUCCACGUUUAUUUAUUGACUGAUUAAUUGUUUUACAGAUGAUCAGUGACAUCAUCAUGACAUCAGCCAAUGAAAACCUACAUCUGAUGAAGAAAAAGGUUUUAUCCAAUAAACGGAACGUGAAGAGUC